GAUACGCCGUAAACCCUUCUCCUCCCUAUCCCCCAAGCGCCCAAACCCCUCCUGACCUCCUCUCCUCUCGCUCGCUCUUGUUUCCCCAAGUCUGCUAAUGCUCGCGCGCGCCGCCGCCGCCGCCGCCUGCCCCGAGCCCGAGCCCGAGCCCUAGCCGCGGUUGCCCAAGACGGCGCCCUGCGGCUUCGGUUGCGGCGGCGGGGGAGCGGGGGGAGUAGUAGCAGGAGGAAGGGGGAAGCUGAGGCGGCUCGUGGGCUCCAUGGCGAUGGCCGCGCCGCCGGCGCCCGUGCCCGCGCAGCUGCGGAGGUGCCCGUGCUCCGCGCCUCUCUGGGCGCCGUCGCCCUUCCACCACCACCGCCGCCUCCGGCGCUCGCCCGCCUCGCCGUUCAUCGGCGGCAGAAGGCAGGAAUACUCUUAUAGUUCAGGCCUUGGUAUGACAGACAACAACGCUCUCAAGCUUGGAGUGUGUCUCAACUUCAAUGUGCGGAGUAGUAAGCAAGAGUGGAUAGAGGAGAGCAAGAGGUUAUAUAAUAUAAAAACCACAAAUAGUGUGAUGAAUAAUGUUUGUAAUGGUGCUCAUCUACGAGCAGGAAUUUUUCACCAUGAACCCUUUGAAGAUAGCAAGAGCCUCAACCAGUCCUCAUUGUACAGUGUAAGAGAAAGAAUGGCUCCUAACUCUCUUGCAAAUAGACAUGCCAAUGUUGAACUGGCAAAGCAUCAUGUGACGAGUCAUGCUGCAGGUGCUGUGUUAGCACUGACUAGUGUUGUUAAUGAUGACAUUAAAUCGCUAAGCAGGCCUAGUGGCUCUGAAGUGAAGAUCCAUUGGCCUAAUGGUUCCAAGGUUGAUGCUUCUCUGCCUAAAAUUCGUGAAGUUGAAAAGAUCAUGCAGUUAGAUGAUAAGGCUAUUGAUGGUUAUGAUGGAGAUGAAUGCGCAUCCAAGACAACGGUACAAUCUUCUCCAGUUAAAGCCCCCUUGUCCAAGGAGGCUGAAGAUGCACGUAAGGCUCUUGCUACCAUCUAUGACAAAGUUCUGGUGGUUGACACUGUGAAGUCAGCUAGGAGCGUUGUUCAGUUACUUACAACGAAGUACAAGAGCUUUAUUCAUGCAUGUGACACAGAGGUAGCAAAUAUUGAUGUUAAACAAGAGACACCAGUUGGCCAUGGCGAGAUCACAUGCUUUAGCAUCUACUGUGCCAGCUCUGAUGCUGAAGCUGAUUUUGGAAAUGGCAAAAAAUGCAUUUGGGUGGAUGUACUGGACGGUGGACGGGAUGUCCUCAUGGAGUUUGUUCCGUUUUUUGAAGAUCCGUCGAUCAGGAAGGUAUGGCACAACUAUAGUUUCGAUAGCCAUGUCAUUGAGAACUAUGGAAUCAAAGUUGCUGGAUUUCAUGCUGAUACGAUGCAUCUUGCACGGCUUUGGGACUCUUCGAGGAGAACUGAUGGAGGAUAUUCACUUGAAGGACUCACAAAUGAUAGCAGAGUGAUGGGAGCUGUCCCAAAGGAACUACAAAAUAUUGGAAAGAGAUCAAUGAAAACAAUCUUUGGUAGGAAAAAGAUUAAAAAAGAUGGUACCGAAGGAAAAAUUACGUCCAUUGAGUCUGUUGAUAUUUUACAAAGAGAGGACAGAGAACUGUGGAUCAGUUAUUCUUCAUUAGAUUCAAUGAGUACCUUGAGGCUUUAUGAAAGCUUGAAAAGCAAGCUUGAAAAAAAGCACUGGACUUUUGAUGGCUGCCCCAGAGGUUCAAUGUAUGAUUUCUAUGAGGAGUAUUGGCGUCCUUUUGGUGCCAUUCUUGUAAAAAUGGAGACAGCUGGAAUGCUUGUUGACCGUUCUUACCUCUCAGAGAUCGAAAAGGUUGCUGUUGCACAGCGAAAAUUAGCUGCAGACAAGUUCCAGAAAUGGGCGUCUAAACAUUGCCCUGAUGCAAAGUACAUGAAUGUCAAUAGUGAUACCCAGAUUCGCCAACUCUUCUUUGGUGGAAUAGAGAAUAGAUGCAAACCUGGUGAAUUUUUGCCAAAGAGUAGAGCAAUUAAAGUGCCAAAUGAUGAUAACACAGUUACAGAGGGCAAGAAGGCUCCAAAGUACCGCACAAUUGAACUUUUCAGCAUUGUAGAAGAUCUGAAAACUGAUAUAUUCACUGCAAGUGGAUGGCCUUCAGUCAGUGGGGAUGCGCUGAGAAAUUUGGCUGGGAAACUGAAAACUGAUCUUGCUUAUCCAAUGGAUGAUGCAGAGGGUGAUCGAUAUGGCAGUGAUUCAGAAAUUUCUGAGGAUGAUGUAGAAGAUACUACCUCUUAUGGGACUGCAUAUGAAGCAUUUGGAGGAGGAAGGAAAGGAAAAGAAGCAUGUUAUGCCAUUGCAGCUCUCUGCGAGAUCUGCUCUAUUGAUUCGUUGAUAUCCAACUUUAUUCUUCCCUUACAGGGAAAUCGUAUAUCAUGUAACGAAGGGAGGAUCCACUGUUCCUUAAAUAUCAAUACAGAAACUGGGCGUUUGUCAGCAAGGGCACCAAAUUUGCAGAAUCAACCUGCACUUGAAAAGGACCGGUAUAAAAUCCGCCAAGCAUUUGUUGCAGCUCCAGGGAACUCUCUUAUUGUUGCUGAUUAUGGACAGCUGGAGCUCAGGAUCCUGGCACAUCUUGCUGAUUGUAGAAGCAUGUUAGAUGCUUUCAAAGCUGGUGGUGACUUUCAUUCCAGGACAGCCAUGAAUAUGUACCAGCAUAUCCGUGAUGCUGUUGAAGAAAAGACAGUACUUCUAGAGUGGCAUCCUCAACCUGGUCAAGAGAAACCUCCUGUGCCACUGUUGAAGGAUGCGUUUGGUGCUGAGAGGAGGAAAGCUAAGAUGCUCAAUUUCUCCAUUGCAUACGGCAAAACAGCUGUUGGACUUGCUCGUGAUUGGAAGGUUUCUGUUAAGGAAGCAAAGGAUACCCUGAAACUCUGGUACAGAGAUAGAAAAGAAGUAUUGACAUGGCAAAUGAAACAGAGAGAAUUAGCAGAAGAGAAGUGUGAAGUUUAUACUUUGCUUGGGCGAUCACGCCGUUUCCCCAACAUGGCUUAUGCAUCUCCUGGUCAAAGGGGUCACAUUGAGCGUGCUGCUAUCAAUGCUCCUGUGCAGGGCAGUGCAGCAGAUGUUGCCAUGUGUGCGAUGCUUGAGAUAGAUAGGAAUACUCGUCUUAAGGAGCUUGGUUGGACGCUACUGUUGCAGGUGCACGAUGAAGUGAUACUGGAAGGACCUUCAGAAUCGGCUGACGUGGCCAAGGGAAUAGUGGUUGAGUGCAUGUCUAAGCCCUUCUAUGGCACCAACAUCCUGACGGUUGACCUGGCUGUUGACGCUAAGUGUGCACAAAACUGGUAUGCAGCCAAGUAGGAUCCAAUAUCAUUGCCCCCUUCGUCGACUUCAAGUUGCGAACAUGGUGUAGUCGCGCCCCAAAAGCGCAUCUCGUCCUACGAAUUGUGGUGCGUUUUGAGCCGGUGUCAAAUACUGGCCUAUGGACGGCAUGCACAUGCCAUCCGGCCGUUGCAGCAGAACAGUGAGGUUAGCAGUGAAAGCAUGGUACGCUAAUAUAGAUUGGAUAGCUUGACUCCCACACCUUUCCAAGUAGGACCCUGAAUCUGGAGGGAAGUAGCAAAGACAUGCCAUGCACUUUGUCUAUAAGAAUCCUUAGUAUGCUAAUGUAUUAGUAGGUUAGAUGACCUGGUGUGCUGAUGUGUCUUAAAACUGUGUCACGUGCUGUAACCUGUUUUGAUGGAGACAUUAGAUUGCACCUCAACAUGAGCUUUCCUCUAUUGCUCUAUCACCUGUUACAUUAUUUGCC